CCAAACGGGACAAGAAUAUUUGGAAGAAAAAUCCGAAUUAGAUAAGUAUUUGGAAGAAAGAUGUGAACGCUGUAGCGCCGACUUUGAUAUCUUAAAUUGGUGGAAAGUCAAUUCUUCGAGAUAUCCUAUCUUCUCUUCCAUUGCUCGAGAUAUUUUGGCUGUGCCCGUCUCAACUGUAGCAUCAGAGGCUGCAUUCAGCACAGGAGGUCAUGUACUUGACGUGUUUCAUAGCUCCUUGACCCCAAGCAUGGUGGAGGCUCUUAUAUGUGAUCAAGAUUGGCUACGAUCCGCACCACUUUCACUUUCGAUUGAGGAGGACUUAGAAGAACUUGAAAAUUUUGAGUCAGGAUCAAAUGCAGAAAGGAGAGAGGGAUUCAUUUUACAAUUGAUGGCUCGGGUAUCUUCAUCUCAAUCUUGAUCAGCAAUGUGGCUGGUGCUGGAGAUAUAGCUGCAAUAAAAAUUAAAGGCACGAAAACUGGAUGGCUUCCAAUGGGUAGGAAUCGGGGUCAUAAUUGGCACAUUAAUGUGGAUCUUAAGAACCAGCCAGAAUGUUUGGGAGAAGCUGCUUCACUCAAUCCAGUUUCUUGUUGACAGCUUCUUUAUUUACCUAGCACUACACGGUGAACUAUGGGCUGAAUGAUAACAUUUUCCUGUUUAGUUGUCAUUCAUCUUCUCAAAUGGCAUAUCUUUAAUGCUAUGUUACUCUGUUCACCAGGAAUGAAAGUCUGUCUUACUGAUGAGAAGGAGUUAAUAAUGGAGCUGUCGAUGAAGUGGGCAGGGAAUCCUAACAUCAUUGUUGCUGCUAAGGCAUUCGGGUUGAGGGCUACUGUUCAGCCUCUGGUUCCAACCUUUCCUUGUUUUGCCAAGAUAUUUGUCUCUUUAAUGGAGAAGCCACAUGUAGAUUUUGGCCUGAAGCUUCUCGGAGCAGAUGCUAUGUCCAUUCCUGGCCUCUAUAGAUUUGUCCAGGAACUUAUCAAGAUCAAGUUGCAAAUAUGUACCUCUGGCCUAAGUACCUAGAAGUACCUAUUUUGGAUCCUUCUAAAACUGCAAAGAAACUGGUUGGGAUUCUUAAUGAAAGGUCGUGAGGGGAAUAAAGCUUAAAAAGAAGGACCUUCUGGGCAAGUCAGACCCUUAUGUGAAGCUAAAGCUUACUGAAGACAAGUUAUCCACAAAGAAGACAAUAGUCAAACAUAGCAAUCUAAAUCCUGAAUGGAAUGAGGAGUUCAGUUUGGUGGUCAAGGACCCAGAAUCUUAAGAAAGUUCUAUUCGCUACUGUACUUUUCUUUUUUGGUCGGAACCUAGUUUAAAUAUGUGAUUUUGUUUUUUCAUUUUUCAAU